CUGGGCCGGAUAAAGCCCACAUAUUCUGGGGCCCGGAUGAUUAUCCGGCGCCCCCGGAUAAAACCCGCCCGCAAAAAUACAGACGUAUGGCUUAGCCAUGGCUGGUAUAUCUGGUAUAUCGCGCCAGAGAGCGUGGUUUGACUGGCGGAGGUCGCGGACGACCAAGUUAACCUGCUCCAGGCCAGUUCGAAGCUGCCGUAAAUUGCAUGGCUUUCGGUGUAUUGUAUAACUGGAUUCCGGGACACGGAGCGGGCAGCUCUAGAGGCGGGAGGCCCGCGUCGGGGGCCCCAUCCGGGCGCCAUCGCGGGCCCCAUCGGCCGAACAGGCGUUCUUGCGCGCAACGGGGCAAUGGGCCAAUUGAGCAGCAACAGCAGCAGCAGCUCGGAUGUCGGCAGCCCAACUGACGCCUCGGAUGAGGAGGGCGCCGGUGGCGUGGAUGACGAGGAGCCAGGAAGGCAAGUGGCGCAGCAGCAGCAGCAGCAGCAGCAGCAGCAGCAGCAGCAGCAGCAGCAGCAGCAGCAGCAGCAGCAGCAGCAGCAGCAGCAGCAGCAGCAGCAGCAGCAGCAGCAGCAGCAGCAGCAGCAGCAGCUCCUGGCUGUGGCCGCUGUGGCAGGCGGCGGGCUGCCGCCGCUGCCGGUGCCGCCUGGUGACGAGGCGGCUGCACUGGCGGAGCCUGGGGACGGGGCACCUGCUGGCGGUGCAGCGUAUGCCCCUGCACUUGCAAGCGGCUGCCGCGCCACUGCCGCCACGGGACGACAGCACGGGGCGGCAGCAGCGGACGCCCCCGGGCCCCCUGUCACUGAUGUACAUCACCAUCGACAAGAUCUCCAAGACCAACGAGAGGCAUUACAGCAGCAUCGGGGUGCCGAAGGUGGGAUGCCUGGCGGCGUCACUGCCUCGGGGCUCCGGCGCAUCAUGAUCUUCCUGGUGGCGCUGGGCCUCAGCUCGUCAAGUGUCUUCUUCGGCCUUGGCGGGGCGAUGGGCAGGGCGCUUAUCUUCGCCAAGGGUGCGGUAGGCGUGGGCACGGCGUGGGCUGUGGAGUUGUCGCACGCCACGGCUUUUAACGAUGCAGAAGAAGGGCUCGUGCCGCCAGCGGACAUCAGCGACAUCUCGAGCUUGGUGGAAGACACCGUGCAGGCCAGACGGAGGGUUCUUAGGGCUCACGUGCAGGAUUUCGGCGUGUAUGUACAGCUUGCACAGCGGGUGGCGGACAGGACCGGCAUCCUCAACUUGCAGCACAACAUGGAGCUUGCAGAGGGCGCCAGCUGGGAGCGGGUGCUGCCGCAGCGGGCGCGCACCGAGUUCAUGUACAGCUUCUUUGAGGGCAUAAACGCAGCUGCGGUGGCCAACGCGGGGAGGAUUCUGGGGGCGAACGGGGUGUUCAAGGCGCUGGUGCUGAUGUGCCAGUCAGGUUACUGGAGCAAGCUGGGGCCUGGGCUGCACCCCGAGGAAAUCGUCGAGAGCGUGCUGGAGUUCGGCCCGAUGGUUCUGGUGCACCGCUUCAGCGUCAAGCAAGAGGGGAGCACGGCUGCCUACCAGGCGUGGGUCUUCGCCAAAUUCUAUGGCGAGCCUGGUGCCAAGCCAGAGUCGGCGGAGCGGCUCCCGGAGUCAGACCUGGGCUUCCUCGCGCCGCUGAUGGAGCUCUCGGCCAAGACGGCGGCGGCGGAGGGCCUAGGCGGUGCGCUGGCGGAGGGCUCAGGCGGCGCGCCGGCGGAGGGCUCAGGCGGCGCGCUGGCGGAGGGCUCAGGCGGCGCGCCGGCGGAGGUGCUGCCCGAGGAGGCGGCGCCACUGCCGGCAGCGGGCGCCGUGGCUGUGCCGCCCAACGCCCAGCGUUUGGGCAUUGCGGCGGCGGCGGCGGAGGGCUCAGGCGGCGCGCCGGCGGAGGUGCUGCCCGAGGAGGCGGCGCCACUGCCGGCAGCGGGCGCCGUGGAUGUGCUGGAGGCCUCCGAGUCGACAUGGCAGCAGCUUGGCUUCUCCGUCAAGGCCGUCACCAGGUAUACGGAGGCGGAAGCCUGCGGCAUGGAGCGGGCUGCUUUGGCGGAGGCAGGGAACAAGGGCGCCCGAACGGCUGCUGGUCUAGUCAAGUUCGGGGAGGGAGGGUUCGGCACGGUGACCGCAGGGGUGGUAAACGGCACCUGGGUCGCCAUCAAGCGCUACAAGCACCGUCACCAGGCCCCGUCUGACGCAGUCUUCAAGUAUGGGUGCGCCUCACUCCACUCGGCUGGGCUCGUGCACCGUGACCUCAAGCCGGAGAACAUUAUGGUGUACAGCAGCGGCGGAGAGGGUGGUGACUUGCUGCUGGGCGCCCUGGCCGAUUUCGACUUGAUGGUCGCAGCUGGUACCGCUCACAGCCAGGCCGGCACUAAGACGUUCCGGCCUCCGGAGGGCGAUGGCAUCAAGCCCCUCGCGGCCCAGGCCACCCCGUCGCCGGUGUUGCCCAGCCGGGGCGCCCGGGCAUGGCGCGGCCCCUUGCAUGUGCAGGGCUUUGACGUAUUCAGCGUCGGGGCGUGCCUGCCGUACUGCCUCUUCGGCGGCGUGGACAGGGGCAUGGAGCACAAGCAGCUGGACAUGGCUGUCCGGGACGUGCAGAUGUCUAGCAGCAGCGUGAGCGGGAAAUUGCGGAUGAUCGGGCUGGUUAGGCAGCUGCUGUCGGAGAAGUGGGAGCGGAGCGAGGGCUGGAAGCCAGCGGCACCAAUCGUCGAGGCGAUGCUGCAGUUGGCACGUGACGCCAUGUGCCCGGAAGUGGCGUUGCGGCUGCUCGCGGCAGGUUCCGGAGGUGGUGCCCAGAUGCGGCAUUUUACUAAGCGGCUACGAGAGCUCUUGGAGAUGGCGAAGGAAGGCCGUUAGCAGGGCCCUAGGUUGCGGCGCGUGUUUGCAUUCUGUGACUUCACGCGUGGGCGUGUGGAUGUGUGGGCUUCGUAGCAAUAGCCGUAGUGGAUUGGGGCUCCUGCGUAUGCUGCUGCCUACUUGGUUGAAAAGGGAAGACGUUUGACUGCGUGAUGCUGCGAUAGAUAGGGCUGCGGGUUGAGGUGUGCGUGUGUUGGGCUUUUAUCCGGAUUCGUACCCGGGUCCCUUCUGCCGUAAGGACGAGUCAAAUCGCUAACUGAG